CUUUGUCUUCCUUUCGUACUUCACGCAAAGAGCCGGCGCCAGCAAACCAGAGGCAGGCAUGCCGGACUCAUCGUCGUCGCAUCAUUCUCGCAGGAUGGUAGAGGAGCGCGAAAGCUUCAAGCGGCCGCGUUACGACGAUGGGUGUAGAUACGCUGCGGCUGGACCAUCCUCGUCGAAGCAACGGCGAGUGAGAGCAGCGGAAGAGGACAUGAUCUCUAAGGUCGCCGACAACUUGCUGCCGCCCAGUGACGCCUUCGAGAAUGCUGCUGCAGCUCGAGCUGCUGAUCCCUUGGGGCUGAAUCAGGCUCUGUGGGAGAAGGGAUGGGAAGGAGGCAGACUGUAUGCGGAUAGAAGCCAGGUCGAUGAUCAGGACAAGCUAUCACCUCACCCCUCUGACGAAGAGGGCGCCUCGGACUUCUCAGACGCGGAGGAGCGAGCAGCCUACAUUUCCGUACGACGAGCAGGACGCAUUGAGAGGCAGAAUCAACAGCGAAAGCGAGAGCUUGAGGAGCGACGGCUGGCAAGAAUGCAAGCAAUCGAAGCGGCCGACCCGUCCGCCUCCGGAGCGAGCAGUACCGCCUUCCCCUGGGGCGAACCUGUCCCGUUGACCAAAUCCACCUUUGACCUCAUGCUGCGAACGGCUACCGCAGUCGGCUCUUCAGCCAAGCCCAAGCAGCUCGAGUUGCGCAUUCUCACGCAUCAUGGUCGUGAUGAGCGCUUUGCUUUCCUGCGGAAAGAAGGUGGUGGGAGGGCUAAUGAGAUCUGGGAGCGCUUGAAGGCGGGAGAGAAGUUGAGUUGGGAAGAUGUCGAUCCUGAUGCGGAGGUCAAGAGAGAGGGCAAGGACAAGGAGGCAAUGACUGGGCUGCUGAGUGGGUACGAUUCUGAUGAUGGGAGCGAGGACAAUGUGGCGUGCGAGGUUGGAGUGGAGAAGGUUGAGGUAGAAGCAGGAGAAGAUGUCGAGCGCAAAGCAGAACAGGCGACCGCAGCAUCAGCUUUAGGGGAGUAUCGACCAGCUGGCCCAGUAGACUUUGUGGAGUCAAAACCAGAGCCGGCAAGUGUCGAGGAAGCCGAACAGAAGGCACGAGAUCGCAUCGCUCGUGCCCGUCAAUGGGCAUCGCAGCAGAGGGAAGCAAAGCAGGCGGCAUCAGCUGCGACAGGUACGAAGGCAUGACGACACGAAUCAAGGCUCGUCUUCAUCGGUGAUUGUUGAUACAUUUGCGCGACGUUGCGAUGCGAAGAAUCUUGAGCGUUGUGAAGCUUGGUGGGGGCCCUUUUCCGAGACUGCCGGCGCACGGACGUUGCUCAGUCGCCGUCGCACUCCAUCGGCGGCUGGUCUGGCGUCGGGCGAGGCAAUCUCGUCGACGUUCCUGCAUGCG